AUGGCAAACUUGUGGUGUGUAGUGCUCACAUUCGUCAUGCUAUUCCUUCCGGUAUUAGUCUUACCAGAAGGCUCCCACACAACCAUUUAUAUGAUUUGUAUAUUGGUCUUCAUCGUGUUUUGUAUAUUUGUAAAUUUCUUUACAUCAUUUAAAAAAGUGGACAAUUUCGAAGAAUCCAUUCAGAUUCAAAUUCUCCAAGAACGGAGAGAGUUUCAUGCUAAUCAAAAUGCUGCAUGGUCUAGGGUUAUACCGAAUUCGCAGAACAAUAUGCCUUUUGGUACCAUCGCAGAGAUGGCUCGAUGGGCGAUAAGGGCAUUGCCUCCGGUUAAAAGUUUUGAUGGAGAGGAAGGUAGGGAUUGUCCAAUCUGCAUGGAAGAGUUUGAGAAAGGAAUGUUGAUUCAGUCUUUUGGUGUAUGUGGACAUGAAUAUCAUACAUCUUGUCUCAAUGCAUGGUUAUUAGGAGGAAAAACUACUUGUCCAGUUUGUCGCAAAGAUCUGGCGGGAUCGGCGGGAUCUGUUUAA